UCUUUAUAGCCUGCAUGAGGAAUUAACUGAUCCCUGAUUGGCUCGAUCACCAGUGGUGGGGAUACAGCAUCGUACAGUAUAUAAGGUGGAUAAGCGACGUAAUCAAAAUAGGUUCGUCAGUCUGUUGAGUGAUUUGGCUUUAAACUGUUAAAAUGACUGGCCGUGGUAAGGGUGGAAAGGGAUUGGGAAAGGGAGGAGCCAAGCGUCAUAGAAAGGUUCUCCGUGAUAAUAUCCAGGGAAUCACAAAACCUGCUAUCCGCCGCCUGGCACGCCGUGGUGGUGUUAAACGUAUAUCCGGUUUAAUUUACGAAGAAACUCGUGGUGUACUGAAGGUAUUUCUUGAGAAUGUUAUUCGUGAUGCAGUUACUUACACCGAGCACGCCAAAAGGAAGACUGUGACUGCCAUGGAUGUGGUAUAUGCUUUGAAACGUCAAGGACGUACUCUCUACGGAUUCGGUGGUUAAGACUAAAUUUAUAUCUUACUUGGCUUACAAAAAUGGCCCUUUUCAGGGCCCCAAUUU